UAUGAAGAAUGCGGCGGCAAGUCAGUGAGUGCCAACAUGCCGUUCCUGCCACAAGCGAUCGUCGUUGUCUUUCUCAUCCGUCUGGUACCGGUUUAAAGACGUGUCGUGGACCAAGUGCUGGGCUGCCUGUCUCGCCUUCUCGCGUACAAUUCGUGCCUGCUCGUGAAUGAAACAUAUAAAUCGCCGUAUAAACCGCACGUUCAUGUUCAAAUAGCCAUCCGUCAUAGAAAAUCGUGUUUUCGAUGACAUUUGUGACUAUCGUGGUGAACGUUUAUGUAAGACGGCCGAUUAAACCUAGCCCAAAUUGUUUCGUCGAUUACGAUUUCCCAAACUUUUCACCUGAUUUCCUUUUCUAGCAUCGGUUUACCUCUCAUCCGACAUUUCGUUUAUUGGGGUGUUUCCAUCUUUAUCUCUCGUUUCUCAUUUCAUCUUUAUCGUUUCCCCAUACCCCCUCCCUCUGUUCAUCCUUCCGUCAUCGUCUGGUCGACCGCGGGAGGCAGACGGGACACGAAGCGCACGGAUUUAUAUUCGUGUAGCGCAGGAGAGUUUAGCAGCCUCGUAAAUAUGGCGUGUGAACGGUGGUGUUUUAACCGUGGCUGUGACGAAGCUCCUCGACGAUGGCUCUACAUCCUGUUCCUGGCCUUCUGUGUGCUCGAGCAUCUCGGUUCGAGCAUCGCGGACAGCGAGUUCAGUCGGUACCAUUAUGAAUUGGGACGUUCGGGAGGACAGUCGUUGCACGAUUUUGGACCAGUCGAAUUGGCUUACUUGUCCGACGAAGACGCGGUCGACGAUGGAGAAGCGUUAACAAGGUACCGCCGAGAAGCGGAUGAGAAGCCAGACCCUGCGACCGAACGAAUCUCACGGGGGCAACAAUUGCAACAGCAGCAGUCGCAGCAACAGCAGCAGUCGCAGCAAUCUCAGUCGCAGCCACAGCCGCAACCCCAGCAACAACAACCGCAGGCGGUUGUGAAUGCAUCGAAUGUACCAACGAACGAUGGAUACGACUACCUGACGGAUUAUCCGACAGAAUCGACGGUUCCCACAUCAUCUCCGUCGUCGACAACAGUCUCGUCAGGCGAACAGGGACUUGUGACGCCUACCCUUAAAUUGGACAAACCGGAGACUUCAACGCCGAUAGUAUCAAUCUACGGAAAGAAUUCUUCCACCAAAGAACCGGUUCCAUCGGCAAUUCCAGGAGGUAAAGCUAACUCUAUCAAUGUAACAACCGACGCUAAGAAAAAUUCGACGAAGGGCGCAGAGUCUGUGCCGGAAUCAACGGACAACAAAGAUGAUUCCGAUGGCAGUAUCGGAGACAUAUCUAUCAGCAGGUUUUCGGACUUAUCCAACAAAACUUUGUCCCAGCACAAUAUCACGAAAAUGGAGUAUGACACGCAUCAAUAUUACAACAGCACGUUUAUCAUCGAUGAAGCUGUAGGGAAAAAAUUCUGGGUGGAUAUAAAUAAUCAUCCAGAUUUGAAGGUCAAUUACUUACUUAGUCAGAGUCACCGUCGAGCUGCGACAGUGAAAUUGAAAUUCGAUUUCCCUUUCUACGGUCACAAAGUUCGUAACAUCACCAUCGCCACCGGAGGAUUUUUGUACACCGGGGAGUACGUUCACAGUUGGCUAGCCGCCACACAAUAUAUCGCACCACUAAUGGCAAAUUUCGACACACGACUAUCUAAUGACAGUUAUGUGAAAUACGUCGAUAAUGGAACGGCGUUCACGGUUGUAUGGGAGAAGGUGAUAUUGCAAGACAAACCUAAGGCAGGGGCAUUCACGUUUCAAGUGACUCUGCAUCAGAACGGUGACAUCGUGUUUGUAUACUCGGUGAUCCCUCUGAUGGUAGAGCAUAUCAAAGAUACGGCGCAUCCUGUUAAAGUUGGAUUAAGCGAUGCUUAUAUCAUGGACAGAAUAGUGUUCUUUGUUCGUAGAAAAACGAUUUACGAAUAUCAUCGCGUGGACUUUAAUCGGCAGGACAUUAAGGAUUGGACAGUGAUUUAUCUACAUGCACUGCCUACCUGUUUAGAAAUGGAUAAUUGCAGAGACUGUUUGACAAAAUUAAAAGGUUUCGACUGCAAAUGGUGUUCAGAACUGAAUCAAUGCAGCACCGGAACAUCUAGAUCGCGACAAGAUUGGCUGUUGAAAGGUUGCGAUGUUCGAAUGAUAAAAGCAAUUGACAAUUGCCCGUUACCAACUACGACAUGCAAGGAACACCUCGACGAAUAUAAUCACAUUUUACGCAUGCAUUCGGAAGAGACUGUUACCGUUAGUGAAAUGAAUGCGAAGCAAGAGAAACCUGGAUCGAGUCCUCUAGAGCGUUCUCGGGACAAUAUGAACAUGGGAGUUUCAGGAAUUAUUGGAAUUCUCCUUGUAAUUGGUUUAGUCGUAGGUUUAGCCGCGUGGGCUGCAUAUGCUUACCGCAAUCCUCAUAGCACGUCUGGACAAAUGUUAAUUAGGUAUCGACCAAGCCAAUGGAGUUGGCGAAGAGGAGAAGCACGUUAUACAGCAGCAACGAUUCACAUGUAGAAAUAUGUAAUCGAAACGCAAUCAGCAACUAGUACAGAACUAUCGGACCAAACUUCCUAUUAAAUAUACACCGUAUUAAGUCUGCAAGUUUAUGUACAGAAUCGUUAGCCUGCAAUGACGCACGUGUCGCUUUAUUAAUUGCCAUAUGUCAAUAUAUGAUACUUAUUUGUUGAUAUUAACGUAAAAUAACAUGUUCGAUUAUUACCAAUAUACAAGGGAUUGGAAAUCGUAGUACAACUAGACAAGCGGUAAUUCUACAUGAAAAAAUAAAAGAACAAUUUGAUAUAACAUUUUUUCAUCCGAGACUUUGUUUACGAGAAAAUUAAGCAUAUAAUAAGUUAAUUAAACCAAAAAUAAAUAAGCCACAAGAAUGUAAACUAUAUAUAAAAAUAAGUAAAAAAUGUAGAACAACGUAUUUUCAUGAGAUGCUUUGUUUUUUCGAGGAAAAUAAAUUGUAAAAUAUAUAAUGCGCGUGUGUCAAAUCGGUUCGUAACUGAACAUCUUCAAACUUUACUUUCUUGAAAAUGUGACCUUAAACGGAAAAAUAUUUCACAUUUUUUAUUUAUUUUCACAUGUAUAAUAACAUCGUGUUGGUUGUUUACUCGCUUACCCAAGUUUGAGUAUACUUGACAAAUUUUCAAACUCGGUUUUCUCAAAAAUGAGACGGCAUGGAAAACAAAAUUUAUUUCAUAUUUUCGACUUAUUUUUUCAUGUAGAAUCACCCCAUAUCCGAUUGUAAUACGAUUUCCGACCCUCCCUAUAUUUAUACUGAAACAAAUAUAAUUGUGUUGGAAAAGGGAAAAGAGCAAGUAUUUCAAAUUAUUAUAAACAAGUAUUGCAAAAUUAUCUAUUAUUAAAUUUACAGCGCUAAUUUCCGAAGAAAUGGCAAUUAAACUACUAGUGACAAAGGUAUAGAGGAAACUUUUGAAAGUGACCUUCAUUGUAUCAGCGGGCGGAUUAACGAAAUUUUAUUGAGAUUUUAAAUUUUGUACAGUAAUGUUAAUGUUAUAAAAACACAUAAAAACAAGUUUAUACUUACUGUUGCCCGUGAAAAUAUUGAAUCGACCUUUUACAACAUAUAAUUUCUCUAAUGUUUUCUUUCGAAGAAAAUCACGCUCCAUCACAAUAUUCGAAAGAUGAAACGUUUCUAGAGCAAAUAAUUAACAGUGAGAGACAAACGGACACUGGUAUUAUGAACGAUGACUACACGGAAACAUUUGUUACAUUUUCGUAGUCGAAGCAACCGUAUUAUCGAAAGACGGGUAAGAAAUCCUUCCCCUGGAUAUUGAGCGUUUAUGUGAUUUUAGUAUCAUGUGGUAUACUUUGUUAUUGUUUAAGAGAGAGAGAAAAGAGAGAAUUCGUUUUUUAUCGUUAUAUAAACUUCAGUAAUUGUUUAUAAAUAUAAGUAUGUAUCUAUAUAUUUAUAAAUUAUAUAUUAUAAUACAAAUAUAUAUAUUUAUAAAUAUAUAUUUAUAUAUAUAUAUAUGUAUAAUCUUUGCGACGUGAAGAGCAAUAUUUUAAUAAAAAUCAGUUGAAUGAUCAAGUUCCGAUCUAGCCUCUAGAAACUACAGUUCGGAUGGUAUAUGGGAAUUAAAUUUAAAACAAACUUUUAGCAAUAUUUAGAGAAUUUUAUGACGCAACAAAUUGUAUAACUUCAUUUUGUGCUCGUCUUCUUCGUUUUUCCUUAGUACAUUCCAGAAUAUUCAAUUCCUAGGAAUAUAAAAUAUAAUGAAUGGAAUAAAUUAUAUAUCCGUAAACUGUAGUUUCACCCUUUAAAUUUUAAAUACGCGUAUAUAUAUGUACAUAUCGUAUGUUCAGAUGUGUACAUAUAUAUUUUUAUAUAUAUACAAAAUAUAUAAAUAUAUUUUAUAUGAAAAGAUUUUUAAACACACGAGCACCUUAACUUACGAUUAGUAAUAAUACAUGGAAAAAAAGCAACAAUGAAAAAUUCAUAUAUAUCGGUAAUAUUAGAUCAUCAGUGUAUAUAGUAGCAUAUUAAAGCAAUAUAAUUUUUAUAUGAUUGUAAGUAUAAUUAAUAUCGAAAGGUGCCCUUAAUCAACUUUUUGAUACAUUUAUUGGCAACGGAAUAUUAUUAAGUAUUUUCUUCUUGUCGAAGAUUAACGUUUAUGCAAAUUUCUACUUUUUAACAACAAAGAAAGUGUUAGGAAGUACAUUAAUUUAAAAAGUAGGUGAUUUUUUUUUUAAAUGAUAUCUCUAUAUUAUAAAAUUAGCUUACGAAAAUCACGAUUAAUUUUUCUCACAUUAUUGUAUGUAUAUGAUCUAACUGAUAGUUUGUGAUAAUAAAUAUUAUAAUUAUUACAAUAAAUAUGUUUUAAUUUUA